UAUAGUAACUGGACUACUGCCUUGAAUCAGAUUGAUUAAAUGGCGUCAAAGUCCCGUCAACGUUGGUAUCUGUCGAAAACUGAAAUCAACGAGCUUUGCAGACGAAGUAUAAAGUAUAUACGAGAAAACGAUGAUAGAUUUGCACCUGUACCAUAUUUUUGGCGAGACAAGCCAUCAAAGUACUGGAAUGAAAUAGGGGGAUUAAUGAUCCCUUACUUAAAGAACAGUAAUGGAGAUCCACGUUCACCUAUCAAUGGAAACAUACAUGGACUUUUCUUCAACUGCUCCAUCGAUAAAAUGUCACUUCAACCACCCACUUUCUCCUAUUUUGGAAAUGAAAGAUUAACUAUUGCACCAUAUGUGAUAUACAAUGCUUGGAAAAAUGUGUAUUUUGCUGAUUUUUACUGUCAUUAUGGUACCCAUUAUGUCACAUUGGUAAUUACGUCAUCGGGUUCUGACGCAGAUGUUUUCUGUAAACGGCAUCAUUUGGUAAGGCUGAAACCGAAGAAUAACCCUUUUCUCACUGUUAUAAAUAGUAAAUUGUUAGUAACCCUUGGAGUCAAUGUGGAACUUUUUUACACAAAUUCGAUCAAUAUAUCAUCCAUAUUAGCCGAUAACCUUGGAAAGUUUACAUUUAUCCAAUCACGUGGGCGCGGGCACAGCAAGCUCAAAGGGAUUCCAAAAAACCCUGAAUGCCAUAUUUGUAAUUUGGAUUGAUUGUCUGAGUGAAUGUCUACUUUCAGCAGCGUAAGCAUUAUGUUCAUUUUCAGCUAUCAAGAACUGAUAGGGUUUUGCUUAAGCUUGUUGCCAUGUGGUUAUUGCAUGUUGCUGAACAGUAUUGUCCCUGUACCGAAUUCCUGCUAAGUACCAAAGACUCAACAUUUUAUUGUUUCUCAGUAUGUUGCAAAAUAUCAGUAAAAUUACUUUUGAAAAACGUUAUUUCUCUUAUGUUGUGGAAUGAAAACAUGAGUUGUUUUAUAA